GCCCGUGUGUGUGUUGGGUUCAGGAGUAGCUGUAAACACGACGUGAGUCUAUCAUUGGAACUGACAACCACUGGUGGAAACACAGAUGAUAGCGUUUACUCUGGUAUCACUGAGUCCCUGACGCUCGACAGUUGUGAAGAUGAGUGUGUGGCUAUCACCAUCCAUAAUAACGAUUCCCUGAAGAAGGAUAAGGAAUCUUAUUUCGACGUAAAUUUAAGUCUAAAUGGUAAACCAGAUGGAGUCAAACUCUCCCCUGCCAAGUCAAAGGUCACUAUCAUAGACUCAACUACGGUAAAUUUGACCCUCAAUAUUAUGGAAGAGAGUGUGGUGGAAGGAAGUAAUGUAACACUGUGUCUGGACGUUGUCAGUGACCUGGAGUGCCCCAUUGAAUUCCCAUUCGAAUACUUUUUAUCUACUAGUGGGCAGAAUCCAUCAGAGUGUGGAAAGUGUGAUUUUGAAAAUCGCACAGACUUCAUCGUGAACUUUAAUAAAUGUGACAAACAAAACUGCGUGGAAAUUAAAACCAAAACAGACGACACUCUUGAGAGCAACGAGCAAUUCGACGUAACUCUGACAAGACACACUGAUGACCCCAGGAUUCAACCUCCGGAAAUCAUCAAAAAUUUCACCAUUACUGAUGAGUUAACUGCUGUUGUGUAUGUCAAUAUAAGUCCUGAAACCAACACUGUCUCCGAAGACAAGGGUGUUCUAAAGAUAUGUGCAGAGAUGACAGGCUGUUGUCCUGUCCAACCAGAAUUCAGUAUACCAUUUGAAAUUACAAGUGGGACUGCAGUAUAUGGGAAAGACUUUCGGGUGGAAACUGACCGCAUUGCAUUUAAGUCCUGCCAAAACAUGAGCUGUAUAGAUGUGGAGAUCAUAGACGGUGAAUCCCUGGAAAAAACUGAGUGGUUCAAGAUUGAAUUUAUGAUGGCUACCCGCACUGCUCGUAGCGAACACUCGUGGAUUGACCGUAUCCAACUCCAGGGACAAGUCCAGAACAUUACCAUUGAAGAUACUCGG